GCAAACUAGCCUGUGGCCGCUUGUUCUGAUCAUCUACAUUCGGAAUCACUGUUACGGAACUGUCAGACCUAGAACUUUUCGAUUCCAGGCCAAAUAUGAGUGAAAUCAAACCUACCGAUCCAGCAACAACUAACGCUGGAGAGGAAAAGGACUGGGCAGCAGCAAAAUCCGUUUUUGACAGUUUAAAAACAAAGAAACCUAGACCCCCAAAACCCCAAUAUGCCAUUACUAUCGCCGUCUCUUCUCGCACCCUGUUCAACAUGGUUGCGGAGCGGAAGAUCUCCGAGGAAGAGGGAGUCGAGAAGUAUGUGACCUAUCAACAGGAGCACGAGAAUGAGCCGCUCAUGCCAGGUGUGGCGUUUCCUCUCGUGAAGGCUCUGAUGACAGUGAACUCCAGACUGAGGCAGCUCUACCCCGACAGUGAGGAGCUGUUUGAUAUCGUCCUGAUGACUAAUAACCACGCCCAGGUCGGGGUGCGCCUCAUCAACAGCAUCAACCACUACGAUUUAACCAUUGAGCGAUUCUGUAUGACGGGAGGGCAAAGCCCCAUUGGCUAUCUAAAGGCCUACAUGACCAACUUGUACCUCUCCAAGGAUGGAGAAAAAGUCACAGAGGCCAUUGAGGAGGGCAUUGCUGCAGCGACCAUGUUUACAUCUGGAGAUGUGGAGAACCAGCUGUCUGACACACAGCUGAAAGUAGCUUUUGACGGGGACGCUGUCCUCUUCUCUGACGAGUCGGAGAUCAUCGUAAAACAACACGGCCUGGACACGUUCUUUGAGCACGAGAAGGAAUUUGAGAACAAACCUCUUGCACAGGGUCCCUUGAAGUGUUUCCUGGAGGCGCUGGGGAAGCUCCAGAGAAAGUUCUACGCAAAGAACGAGCGUAUGACCUGCCCCAUUCGUACCUACCUGGUAACAGCCCGCAGCGCAGCCAGCUCAGGGGCCCGUGUCCUCAAGACCCUCAGGAGCUGGGGCCUGGAGAUUGACGAGGCCCUGUUCCUAGCCGGGGCCCCCAAAGGGCCCCUCCUGCAGAAGAUCCGGCCCCAUAUAUUCUUUGACGACCAGAUGUUCCACAUCGAGGGAGCCAAGGAGAUGGGGACCAUCGCUGCACACGUGCCUUAUGGGGUCGGUCAGAAGUAUCACAAGGGGAAACUUAUUGAGCAGCCCGCUAGAGAUGCCAAAGACAAGAAGUAGUGAGCCUCCUAGCGGUGGGAAGGUAGCAUAAGUUAUGCAAAUGCUUAGUUGCACACAACCCUGUCAUCAGCUGUAGUAACUUCAUUGUUUAUCACCUUUUUUAGAGCAGGAUUUUGUAUUAUUUCUCUCUAUUUACACUUUAUUACAAAUGCCUUUAUCAGAAUAUAUUGUAUUAACAGGAGAGAAAAACAUAUUGUUUAGGACUGUAGAUGGAAUACUCACAUCAGGGACCAAUGUCACCUAAUGUUCUCUGUCAUAAGGAGAGAAGGGAUCACUUUCCUACAAUCCUCAUCAUCAUCACAUUAUUGUCUUUAAUAGUAUUUGGUAAAAUAUGUAGUUUUUUAUGAAAAUGUAUGUCAUAAAGUGUUUUCAAAUUUUACACAGGAAAGUAUAUUUAGGAAAGUGUAUUUUAUAUCUUUAGAGAAGCACAUUUUGUCUCAUGGCCAGAUAAACAUGUAUGUUAUAUUCUCAACACUCCCGUAUCUAGACUUCUCGCUUCUGCCCACGCAUGUCAUGGUUUUGUGUAUUGCGGUUUAACAUAGCUUUUAGGUACUUUGCAUAGAGGAUUGGUAAAGAUUUGUGCACUCUAGUAAACGUAUGAAAAGGAACACUUACAAGGUAGAAUGCUUAUUGAUAUGAAGUGCUGCAAAUAAAUCUGCAUUUUGGUUUUAAUGCACACCAUACAAAACAGACUUUAACACACUAUUAUUUACACUUAAAGAUGCAGUCUGGGAUCUUAAGCACUUACAAUUACAAAUUCGUAACAUAUUGUACGAAAUGGAAUUCGUAACAUAUCAUACGAAUUGCAAACGUUAAAUUUUUUAUUUUUUGCAGGACAUAACAUAUCAUACAAAAUGGAUGACAUAGUACACAAUGGUGCAAAUUUUUCUUGUGAGCACAACUUUCGAAAUUACUGGCUGAAAUGUACUAAACUAGGAGCAACACUUUAAUAUUCAUUCAUUAUUUUUACUAUCCAUGCAUUGUUCUAAUCCAUUCCAUUUUCUUAUUCCAUUUAAAAACAUGACUUUUUAAACGCAAGAAACCUCACCUUGCUCUUAGUAAAGCUAUAUUAGGCCAUAUUUAUUAUUGCUAUAUCAAAAUCUCAAGCAAGCUAGUUCAACAUAUCUGUUCCACUAGUAACAUUUUACGUAUCAGGCGUUGUGUUCCAAAUAGUUUACAGUUGAAUAUACAUUAUGUAUAAGGGCAGUCUAUAUUGUAUGUUGAACUUUUUUUUUUUUUUUUGUGAUAACACAUAUUUUAGGAAUUGUCCCCAAAAAAGUACCAACAUUUCUAUUUUUAAGAAUAUCCCAGUCUGUAUUUUUUCAAUUUUAAUUUAACAUAAAGGGUUUAUCAUAUGCAUAUUGCAGUAAGUUUGCAGUGAGGUUAAAUAAAGGUUUGAAAUGGA